CAUUUACAUCGCAUCAUCCCAAAAUUGUUUACAAGCCACACCCUCCUUCCUCCCCAACGCUGGCCGCUGAUACUCACAAUGGAUCUUCACGAAGCGCAAAGCACGCUCGUGCGCGUGUUCAACGACGCAAAUGCGCAAUUUCACAAAAUGCCUGGUUCCGCGAUCAUCCUGCGAUACAUCAAGUCGAGCUACCAAAACGACCCCGUGCGGAGCGCGAUCGAGCUUUUCUUGUUCCUGUUUGCGGUGCGGUAUAUGUUGAGCCCGAGUUAUAGCCAGCAGAAGAAGGUUAAGCUUACAGAGGAGGAAAUCGAUGAAUUGGUGGAUGACUGGACACCCGAGCCGCUGGUAGCAGCGCCUACGCAAUUGGAAGAACUGGAGAACGAGAAGAGACCAGUUAUUGUUGGGCCUACGGGACCCAAGUCAAAGCUCUCGAACGGACGAACGGUAACGAACCUCGCUUCCUACAACUUCUACAACUUCGUCGCGAACGAGAUACUCAAGGAGAAAGCUAUACAAACACUGCGGACAUAUGGCGUGGGUCCUUGCGGACCGCCCGGCUUCUACGGCACCCAGGACGUGCAUAUGAAGACGGAGGCUGAUGUCGCUGCCCAUUUGGGAAGCGCCGCUUGUAUUGUCUACGCGCAGUCCUUCUCCACGAUAUCGAGCGUUAUCCCGUCGUUCUUAAAGCGUGGGGAUAUCAUUGUUGCGGACAAGGCGGUCAAUUUUGCGGUGCGCAAGGGCAUACAGAUAUCGAGGAGUACAGUGAGGUGGUACGAGCAUAAUGAUAUGGAGGAUUUGGAGCGUGUGCUGCAGAAGGUUACGAAGGAGCAGGCGAAAAAGCCGCUUACGAGGCGAUUUAUUAUCACCGAGGGCAUGUUUGAAAACAUGGGGGAUGUGGUGGAUUUGCCGAAGCUCGUUGAGCUCAAACUCCGCUACAAGUUCCGCAUCAUCCUCGACGAAACCUGGUCCUACGGCGUCCUCGGGAGAACCGGUGGCGGCGUCACGGAAGCACAGAAUGUGGAUGCUAAGGAAGUCGACAUGAUCAUCGGCAGCCUGUCAGGCCCGCUCUGCGCCGCUGGAGGCUUCUGCGCGGGAAGCGAGGAGGUCGUCGAGCACCAGCGUAUCUCCUCUGCGUCGUACACCUACUCUGCCGCUCUUCCAGCUCUCCUAUCCACAACAGCCAGCGAGACGAUAUGCAUGCUCCAAGAACAACCAGAGAUCCUUACUGCGCUGCGAGAAAACGUCAAGGCUAUGCGGGCACAGUUGGAUCCGAGGAGUGACUGGAUCAAAUGCACGAGCGCGCCUGAGAACCCGAUUCUGAUUCUUGUGUUUAAGCCGGAGGUUGUGGCGAGUAAGAAUCUCAGCAUCCAGGAGCAGAGUCAGUUGAUGCAGGAUGUGGUUGACGAGUGCCUUGCCAAUGGCGUUCUCAUCACCAGAGUAAGAACCUACCCACACGGCGUGGGCUUCAAUGCGCGCGAUCAGGGAUGGCAGCCUACGCCUGGGCUGAAGGUCUGCGUUACUUCUGGUCUUACGAAGAAAGAGACGGAAAAGGCGGGUAUUGUUGUUCGACAUGCUGUCACCAAGAUCAUUUCGAGGAGGAAGUAGGGACUCUCUGGGGAUCCUGCGACCACGGAAACUUGUAUGAGUACUGCAUCGGCGGCGUUCUGGGGCAUUAGGAAGUCUUAGUCGCUUUUCCUUGUACAGAGAGAUACUCUACCAUAUGUAGAUACACCUGCCGUAAUGCAUAAUACCGAUAUCGCCAAGACGAUAUCCAGCUUCG